ACUUUGAAAAGUCAACCAUCUCAUUUUUUCUGCUCAUAGUGAUUUCUUUCUAUUUUGAAAGCUUUCAAAAGAAAAAUGGUGAAGUUGGCAAUUGGUAGCAUUGGUGACUCUUUGAGUGUUGGUUCAAUCAAGUCUUAUUUGGCCGAGUUUAUUGCAACGCUUCUUUUCGUGUUUGCAGGCGUUGGGUCGGCUAUUGCUUAUGGCAAGCUCACGAAAGAUGCAGCUUUGGACCCAGCUGGGCUAGUUGCAAUUGCAAUUGCUCAUGCGUUUGCACUAUUUGUCGGGGUCUCUAUGGCAGCCAACAUCUCUGGUGGUCAUUUGAACCCAGCUGUCACCUUUGGAUUGGCUAUUGGUGGUAACAUCACUAUCAUAACUGGCUUGUUUUACUGGAUUGCCCAAUUGCUUGGUUCUAUUGUUGCAUGUUUCCUCCUCCAGUUUGUUACCGGUGGCUUGGCUGUCCCAACACACGGAGUUGCAGAUGGCAUGAAUGGUCUUCAAGGAGUUGUGAUGGAGAUCAUCAUAACCUUUGCUCUAGUCUACACAGUUUAUGCCACCGCUGCCGACCCUAAAAAGGGAUCACUUGGAACAAUUGCACCCAUCGCAAUUGGCUUCAUUGUUGGAGCCAACAUUUUGGCUGCUGGACCUUUCAGUGGUGGCUCGAUGAACCCAGCUCGAUCAUUCGGCCCUGCUGUGGUCAGCGGAGACUUCUCGCAAAACUGGAUUUACUGGGUUGGCCCACUUAUCGGUGGUGGGUUGGCUGGUUUAAUCUACGGUGAUGUUUUCAUUGGAUCAUAUGAAGCUCUUCCAGCAUCCGAAGAUUAUGCUUAAGAAUUUUAUUCUCGAUUGACUUUGUUUUCGGGUUAUAUUUCAUGUCUUUUUGUUUAAGGGGUGAGGGUGCAAUGUCCUAAUUGUUCAGGGACCAUUUCAAGAAUUAUGGAGAUAGGGUAAAUAUAAGAUUUUGUAAAAAAAAUUAUAUACCCUUUUAACAUAUGUAAUCUUGAACUUGUACUGUUUUUUCUUAUUUUAUGCAUUGCAAAAAAUUCAUGCUUGCAA